AUGGCGACAGAAAGACUCAGAUCUAUUAUCUCCCACCUCUCGCCGACAAACCCCGGCGUCGCCAUGAUUCUACAGGGGAACCCCGACGAUGUUGUCAUUACACUCGCUGUCCGCACUCCACUGACAAGGGCCAAUAAAGGUGGUUUCAAAGACUCAGACCUCGACUACAUGAUUUACGCUUUGUUGAAGGAGAUGAUUGCGAAGAGCAACAUCGAGCCCUCACUGGUUGAAGAUAUUUGUCUGGGAAAUGUCGCCGAUCCCAAAGCGGCAUACAAGGUCCGGGCUGCUAUGCUUGCUGCCGGCUUUCCUCAUACCUCUGGUGCUAGCAGUGUCAGUAGGUUCUGCGGGAGCGGUCUAAAGGCCGUCCAGGACAUGGCCAACCAGAUCUCAAACGGGAACAUUGAUAUUGGAAUUGCUGUUGGUGGGGAGAGCAUGACCACCGGCAGGGCUAAAAUCUCUGGAUUCUCUCCCGAGAUCGAGGCGAAUCCGGAAGCUUUUGACUGCUUGCAACCUAUGAUUCAAACGGCCGAGAACGUGGGAAACGAUUUCGGCAUUUCACGCAGGCAACAGGACGAAUACGCAGUCGAAAGCUUCCGGAGGGCAGAAGUUGCCCAGAAAGCUGGCUGGUUCGACGACGAGAUCGUCCCUAUUCGUACGAAGAUCAAGGAUGCGCAAACCGGCGAGGAGAAGACUGUUACUCUCGUGAGUGACGAGGGUCCUCGCUACGGAACAACUCUUGCAGCAUUACAGAAACUAAAACCAGUGAUGCCACAGUUUGGUCAGACAACCACUGCUGGGAAUGCUAGCCAAGUGACGGAUGGAGCCGCUGGUAUCCUCCUGAUGAAACGAUCCAAGGCUCAAGAGCUCGGUCAACCAAUUUUGGCCAAGUUCUGUGGUGCUACCGUGGCCGGCGUACCCCCCAGAAUCAUGGGCAUUGGCCCUGCCGCCGCAAUCCCGAAGCUUCUACACCAGUUCCACCUUACGAAAGACGAUGUUGACAUAUUUGAAAUCAAUGAGGCAUUUGCCAAUAUGGCUGUUUACUGUCUGGACGUCCUUGGCCUGGACCACACAAAGGUGAACCCGCGAGGUGGCGCCAUCGCUCUCGGCCAUCCAGUCGGCGCAACGGGGGUACGCCAGGUCUGCACAAUCUUGAGUGAAGCGCGAAGGACUAAGAAGAAAAUUUUGGUUACCUCCAUGUGCAUCGGCUCUGGACAAGGUAUGGCUGCUCUCUUUGUCAACGAGCAGGUGUAG